AUGAGGCUUGGAGCAGCGUCAACGAUACGUGGAUUAGUCAUUGUGACGCAUAUCUAUCUAUCUAUCUAUCUAUCUAUCUAUCUAUCUAUCUAUCUAUCUAUUAUUUACAAUGUAAACACCUGGCACAAACUUCCACUAAGUAAAUGUUCAAACCACCCAUCGGUAAUACCCACUCCUUAUUACUCCCACAUUCACCUACACGGGGUAUCUCAAAAUCCUGUAGACAUCGACAGCGGCUGGCCACGUCUCAACUCGACAGUGGCUUCACAAACACUACGGGCGCCGUUAAACGGGUCUAACGCGAUGCAGUCUCAAGAACAAUACCGGACAAAACCACGGCCAUUCUGCCGACUUGUUUAUCUAACCGGUGAAAACUGUGACCCAGACAAAAGAUGUCGCCGCCAGGAAGAUAAGCCAGCUGAACAUCUAUCUAUCUAUCUAUCUAUCUAUCUAUCUAUCUAUCUAUCUAUCUAUGAUGGAAUUCUAAAAUAUAACUAUCCCAAUUUCAAAUUUCUCUCUUUCUCUUUACAUGCUGAUCUAUCUAUCUAUCUAUCUAUCUAUCUAUCUAUCUAUCUAUCUAUCUGUGUCUAUGAUUCCCUCUUGAUCUGUUUCUUUCUUUCUUUUUUCUUCUUCUUCUUAUUAUUAUAUAUGCUUUCUUUUUCUCACUAA